AUGAAUAGUUCCAAUUUGCUUAGAAAGCCUAAAGCUUAAAUAACCAUAAAAUAGAGUGAAUGGAAUUUACAAUUAGAAAAAUGUAGAUUAAAUGCUCCAAAUCCUAUGAGCAAAAGCUUUUUCUCAAAUUAAAGUAUGUUUGAAUCUCAAUAAAUAAUCAUGCAAAUAUAAAGUCAAGCUUGA